UCGCCUCGCUUCCGACUGGACCGGAGGUCAGCUGUGCACGUGUAAUUUCCCGGGCAGCAGAUCCGUAUCAGAUUGACCUUUUUGAGCCGAAGUCUGAAGGAAAACCGUAGCUAAUAUAUUACUGGAUGUCGAACUUCUGUCUAUAAGCUGCAGUUCUGUGUUUCUUCGUCACCUGUACGUAAGGCCAAUGUCCGGGGCUCUGAUCUGAAAGAAGCAGUUGGAGUGAACCGUAAAGGAUGCCCACAGUUGCUGAAGCGUUGCGGCUUGGCACUCUGAACACUAUCCACGCCCUGCGUUGGGCCAGACACGCGACGGUGGCCGUGUGUGUGUGGCUAUGGAGCAGCCUCCUCUAUCUGGCCAAACACAAGGGCUCAGAGUUGAAACUCAUUCAGAAAGACGUCCAGAGACUGGAGAAACUGCCCCUACAUCUGGCACUAGUUGUGAACGAGAGACCGGUGUCGUAUAGCGACCUGGCAAAGAUUGUGAACUGGUGUUUCUGUGUGGGGAUCCACUACUGUUACUCUCUAUGAUCCUAGAGGUAGGCUAAAGAGUGAUCUGGAGAGUCUACGGAGUGCAGUGGAGCAGCAGCAUAAGAUGGUGUUCUCUGAAUGUGAACCGUUUGUUCUAAUGAGUAGUGAUAACUACCAGGAGUCUCCCCCUAGUAAUGGUCAG